UACACGAUAAGUGUAACUUCUUGGUCACAACUUCACAUUUAUCGAAAGACUGUAUAUAAGAAAUUUAAGAUUACAAGAAAGACUAACAAACAAGCAAUUAACAGGAAUUAAAUUCUAGGUACGAAUCGACAGACUGGUACACAAAUGGUCGGGUAGUAUAGAGGUCGGAGUUACCAUGCAUAGUCCAACUGCGUUAGAAUUCCCAGCAACGAUGACUAACAUGCGAUCAGGAACUACGAUGAUGUCUGGCUGCGGGAUUUUGGUGAACGGCAAGGGUAUCUGCCGCGAAUAUGGAGAAUUUAAUCUCGACGAAUUAAGAGAAGGUGACAGAGUAGGCAUGAUAAGGCGAAGCAACGGAAAUCUACAUUAUUUGAUAAACGGUUUGGAUCAAGGCAUCGCCGCGAAAGUACCUGGAGGCGUUUGGGGUGUGAUAGAUUUGUACGGUAUGACGGUGAAGGUAACAAUCGUCGAUCGCGACGAGAGGGAAGAACAAAAUUUAGUUACCAGGAGAAACACGUUGCAUCUGCAAGGAUUAAAUGAAACGGAGGAAGAACCGCCGGACCGGCUGAUGUUUCAUUCUUCCUGCGGUACGCACGUCGAAGUGAUUAAUAACGGUCGUACUGCGCACAGGCCUAACGUGAUGGACGAUUUCAAUAACGGGGUUGUGUUAACGUCGCGGCCGUUGAAAGCAAAUGAAUUGUUCGAGGUUCGCUUAGAUAAAAUCGUGACGAAAUGGGCGGGAUCCAUCGAGAUUGGCGUCACGACUCAUUCCCCGACCGAGCUCGAGUUCCCUUUCACGAUGACCAAUGUUAGAAUCUGUGAUUUUCAAUAGCUAAACGUAAGCAAU